AUGGAGAGAGACGAUAGUCAAGCUCUCGGUGUCUCGUUCGUUCUCGCAAAGACUAAUCUAAAUCCUUGGCAAAUUGUACACCGUCAUCGGUUCAGAGGUAUUCGCAUCCUGCUCCAAACCAGUUGGAAUAUUAGAUCCAUGGUCUUAGGCAAAUUCUACUUUUUGUACCCACAGGUGCAAAAAGAGGAGGAUGUCUCUAACUACGUCUUGAUCAAUCCGAAGAAAGAUCAAUUCCAGUUUGCCGACCACCAUGCGCGGAAUGGCGAUGGGCAUCCUCGUGCGGCACUCAAACCACCUGUCGAGCGCAUGGGCAAAGUCUUUAUUGGCAACGGCAGCUUCUUUGCGCCAAGCAACUUCAUUAAUAUCGAGAUCUUACAAUCUCUCCCCAGCUUGCGUCGAGUCGACCUAAAAAUUGGAACAAUGGUGCGGCUGACAUUGGAAUCAGAGUCUCCGGAGGUCGGACUGGUAGAAGUUGGAUCCGGUAAUUGGAGAAUUUACACGGGAUCGUUUCCGGAUCUUGCAGCAUGGGCAGGAAAACACAAAGCCACCUUUCCUGCCACAUGGCAGCCAUUCAGGGAGAGAGGAGUCAGCCUCCUAGGUUGGCGAAGAGAAGGGCACUUCGCCGGGAAAUGGUGUUUUUGUAGCAAACGGGUCUGGCUCAACACUUCUUCCGACAUCAUUUGCAUGAAUCUCUGCGAGGCCUUGGAUGAUUAUUACCGUCGCUGGGAUUGA